UUAACACCAAGACACAUGUUUACGUUCAUGCACGUUCGUAAAGUUCGACGAAAUUAACUCGAAAGUUACGCAUUUUUUUUCUAGCUUACUUUAGUAGUACGCUGCUGUAGUGUUCAUUGCCUUGAAUAAGCGACUGGCGGCGACAAUCAAUUUUUGUUUACGCUAAUGUAAAUUGUACUCGCCCAAGAGCCGGUGUGCGUGAAAAGUCGAACGUCGUGUUGUCGUUUUCGCGAAGAAAGCUUAAAGCUACUUUCUCACCAUGGCCGCAUCGCUUGAAGGGUAUGUCAACCACACAGUAUCGAUAAUUACUGCCGACGGUCGUCACAUUGUGGGCACACUGAAAGGCUUCGACCAGACCAUUAACCUAAUACUGGACGAAAGCCAUGAACGUGUCUACAGCUCUGACCACGGUGUCGAGCAGGUGCCCCUUGGAUUGUACAUAGUGCGAGGUGACAAUGUGGUUGUCGUCGGGCAGGUGGAUGACGAAUUGGACAUGCGUCUAGACUUGGCGAACAUGCGUGCCGAACCGCUUGAAUGCUGUGGUUCACUAGUCGCAGAGUGCGUUAUUUUGACAAGGACCCUGGCAGCCUGCCUAAGCUGCUGCAUUAGGGCUGCUUCCAUUGAGAAAUAAUGAGUGUUCUUUUCUUAUUUCCUUACUUUGUGUCACAUAGGAAACUGAAGCAUGGUUGCAGCCAUGCAAGAACUAAAGGACACUGAAGCUCGUCCAUAGCUUGUGUUAGAAAGAAAUGUUAGUGGUGUACAGUGUGUAAAACAUCAGUUUUACUGAAGACGGAAUUUUAACAAGGUAAUGGAAAAUGAAUAAACAUGGGGGAGUCUUUUCUUCAUUGCAGAAAAUAAAUUACCAGCUUCGUGUCACAUGUUGAAGUUGUAAUUGGUAAUUAAAGUUUCUCCUAUUAUCAUAACAGAUAAUAAAAAAAAUAGAUGUGCCUAUGGCCAUGAAAGUAAGUGUAGUUUAGUCAGUUUUUUCAUUGUCCUGCAGAACUUGUCGAUCCAGACUUGCAUGUCCUGUUGUGUGGUUGGUCAUUGAAGUGUAGUGCCCGCUCUGUGCAGUCAUCUGAACUGAGUGAAGGCAGCGGUGUCAGUCAGGAAAGGUCACUGACAUUGUGCAGCCUUGUUUCUUGCUGGACGGUGCAUCUUUCACCCAUCUAUUGAAUGCAGGGUCAUCACGAGGCUUGCUUUCUUGCAAGCCGUUUUCACUUGUCAUUAGCGCCUUGAGGAGUAAUGCAUCUCUUGCCACUUCAGCAAACACUGAGAGGUAUCCUAGGACUAACAUGUCACUUUUUAUAGAUAGGGUUCAGUGUUUGUCUAACUAUUGUGGUCAACUUUGCUCCUUGUGUGUGUGUGUCAAAAGUGAUAUUCAAAGGGCCCCUAAACCCCCUCCGAUAUUUUCCCAAACAUUUAAAGUAAACAAGUGCAUCGCGUGCAGAAUGCAGUCUCGAUCAGCGAUGCCACACGCCACAGCACUACUGGUAGCGGGCGUGCCACAAUUUCGAAGAAACAAUAGCUUCUCUUUCCGGUCCCCGCCACUGACAUGUGUGACAUCACCAGUGAAACUCGAUGACGUCACCACUUUCGAUGCUUGCGAUUGGCCGAACGACAACCGACGACUUCCGGUCACUCUGUAAACAGCUGUUCGCGCGCACCUUGCUGUUCUUGGUCGUGUUGCCGCUUGCGAAUCGACAUCUGCGGCCCGUUAUGCAACCGCCAAGUCGCUAGCAUAGGGGCACGGGCCGGCACGACAGUAACAGCGGUUAGUCAACGAUCAGUGCACCCAGAUGACACACACAACACAGUUGACGGCGAGCUGGGGCGUCAGAGGGGCGGAUCGCGGCAACCGGAAGUAGACGCUGUCUCAAACAGCACGUUAGCGGUGACGUAAGCCACGCGAGAUGAUGAGAGACACUCAACUGACUCAGCGAGGAGGGGCCAAGCAGUCUUGGAAGAGGGUGGCGUAGGAAAGAAGGAAAGAAGCCAUCGUCACGAUUCGAUCACCUAAUGCGUGUGCCUCCGCUAUUACGGCACCAUUUUGAAAAAUUCUCACUGCUACACGUUCAUUGUAAACUCGAGCACAACUUCCUCACGUUAACUAAAUUUCAACUGCUGGGUGGUUUAGGAGCCCUUUAUUACUCUCUUAUGUAGACAACAGUGAACCGCUUACAAUGCUUUAAUUUCUGCUCAUCUAACUUAUCGAAAGAAAUUCCCUUACUGUAUACACUAAAAUUUUGUGCUUGUAUUGUCUGUUACUUUGUCAAAAAAUAAAAAGGGUCUUAUGGCUUUCCAAGAAA